AUGUACGCCGCUCAGAAUAUAACGCCAACAGUUUUGGAUGCCAUGAACGGAAAUGUUUCCGAAUGGUAUAACGAAUGCGACAAUGCCAUUAGAAGGUCAGAAAUAGUUCCUGGAACUUACGAAUAUACAACUGCUGUUUCUUAUAGAAACGUAGGUGAGUUUGGAGAAGGUUCUUCAACAACAGUAGAUAUUGCUUGCGACAGGUUUCAUAUUAUUUCUAUUGACAACUCAUUCUUAUACGUGGAACAAGACAUUGAAAUAAAACCUUCUGCCAAGUUGUCUGACAAGAAAGGUUGCAAUGGAAUUUUCUAUGUCGGAUACCAAUAUGCUCCAGAAGUUUUCAUGGGAUAUAAGAUAUAUUCUAACUCUGACUUAGUUCAAACAGUAACAUGGGCAAACUAUGAAUGGUUCGCUUUGAGAAACUCAGUACAACCACAAGCUAGAGAACAAACAGACCAGUAUGCAACUAUUGAGAAAAUAAGAAGACUUGACCCUAACGUUCCAGGAGUUUAUGUUAACCUUUCUGGACAAACUGCAGCAGCAGUAACCAAAGUAAAACUGAAACUUAGAGUUCCUUUGUCAUCUUUCCUCAUCUUCAGGUUUUUAAGAUACUUACCAAACUGGGCAGGAAAAAUUUCUAUUGAACUUACUCCAAGCAAAAAUAACUUAGUCAUUGCACCAACACAAGACCCAUUCACUAUUACAGACGUAAAGGGAACAAAUCAAACGUCAUUCGCCGAAUUUUGCAAAGACAAAGUUGACUUAGACUUUGGUUUCUCAAACUUCAACAAUGAAGUAAACUAUUAUUUCAAUGCUGCUGGAACUGCUUGGGACCCAGUUAAGUUUACAUGCGAACA